AUGGAAAACGUAACAAAUCCACCCGCCGCUGCCCCUUCCCAAGGCGCAUCAAGUACAUCGCCGCCUAACCCUUCCCCAAGUGCGUCCAAUAUAGAAGACCAAGUAGAUUCGGACCUAGGACCCCUACUUAACGGGCAACUUCUCAACGGAGAAAGAGAGGGACCCGUCUCCAGUAGAACUCGGAAUAGGGACAAUCUGCAGAACGGAGAAAUAGAGGGAGCUUUUCCCCUGAGAGCAUUACUUAUACCCCCAACCAGGGCAGGAGACCCACCCCGCAUGGUUUUUACUCACCAACCCUUCCUUACCUCGGACUUAAUGAACUGGUCCGACAAGAUGCCCUCUCUGCGGGAUGACCCCGACAAAUGUCACCGCCAGGUGGCCACCAUCUUCUCCACCCACAACCCAACGUGGGCGGAUGUACAUAUGUUGCUUGGGGCUCUUUUUAAUGAGGCAGAAAAGAGGGAAAUACUGGCAAAGGCAGGAGAAGCUUUAGCUCAGGAAGGCUAUCAACCGAACCGACCUGCCUCAAUGGCCCCACUGACCGCCCAGACGCUACUUAAUGACCCUGACUGGGACUAUAACACUGAAAAUGGCAUAUGGGGUUUAAAAAAUUUUAAGAAAGCCAUCCUAGAUGGUAUUAAAGCUGCGGGACAGCGAACCGUGAACUGGACCAAAGUCCAAGCCGUCCUUCAAGGACCUGACGAACAUCCAUCCGACUACUACUCAAGGCUAGUCUCAGCCAUUAAAACCUGGGGGGGAAUAGAUCCGGAGAGCCCGCAGCACGAAGUAAUAGUCAAGGGAUUUUUCAAAGAUCAAGCUACACCCGACAUUCGGAAAGCAUUAAACUCGCACCUGGGGUAUGAUGAAAAAACCAUAAACGAAAUCCUUUCCAUCGCUAAGUCCGUUUUCAACUCAAGGGAUGAACGGAAAAGAAAAGACCAAAAGCCCGAUCUUCCACGGGUGUUAGCCUAUGCGGCUGGGGUUCCUACCCCCAAAGAAAAAUUUAAGCCAUGGGGGCCCGAGCUACUAGAUGACCGCGUUUGUUUCAAUUGUGAUGAAGUAGGGCAUAUAAGAAGAAAUUGCCCCCUUCUGACAGGAUCCAAAAAGACCGAAUAUAGAAAUCCAAGACCGUACAGAUCAGACUACAGGGAAACCACCCACCCCAGAUAUAGGGAGUCUACUCCUCCAUACCGACCUAAUCAAUCCCCGACCCGAACGCAACCCUACGCAGAACCCCCUCCUCCACAACCACGACCACGAAAUCAACCCCACGACGCUACCAACCCCUUUAAACAGGGAGGUCGCUCCACAAAUCCAACUCAUGAGAUGGUAAUGGAAGAAUAUCAGGCACAUUGA